AUGGACGACGCAACAGCCACGCUCGUCGCAGUCCUGAUCCCCUGCCUCCUAGCCAUCCUGGUGGUAGCCACCAUUCUCUAUCUGGGUUUCUACAAGGACUGGAUGGAGAGAUGUCUCUAUUCCAGCCCCCGGGCCAGGGAGGAGCCAUCAGAGCAGCAGCAGCAGCAACAACAACGGGAGAAGAACAGCACCAAUGACAGAAAAAGUAUCGACUUGGAGGCUCAGAACGGUCGCGGCGAUCCUAGUGUCGUCUUCCCGCCCGCGAGACCUCUGUGGUCCUAG